UUGCAGUUCGACCGAAAAAAUAAAAAAGACAACAUUUUGAAGCACCCGAAAUGACAAGAAGCAGGCAAAGCAUAAAACCCCUUCUGAAACCCAAAAACUGAACCUUUAAUAAACCCUAGAGAGUGAAUUAGAGAACCAUGAGACGUACUCUAUUGAAUAAUGUCUCUCUCUACGCUCGCAAUCGCCUUCUCUCCCCUCCAACCUGCAACUCUAAUCCUAGCUCCUCACUCGUCCCACUCGCCGCUUCGACUCGGUCCCUACUCAGGCUUUUCUCGUCCGAAGACGACUCUUCCGUUGAAAGCUCCAAUCCGUCUGCUGAUUCGAGCGUGAUCCCAACCAACAAGAAAGAUGCCUCCGUUGAAGUCCAGGACAUCAAUAACAAAGAGCUGAAAGUGCGGAUAGAGAAAUACUUUAAGGGUGAUGAGGAGGCGCUUCCGGCGAUCCUAGAAGCGAUUCUGCAGAGGAAAUUGGCUGAGAAGCAUGAGGAAACAGAUGAUGAGCUGAUAGAUGAACUGCAAAUGAAGCCGCUGGAUAAUGUUAAGGACCAAGAGUUUGAAUCAGAUUUUGAGGAAAUGCAUGACACGGAUGAAGAGAUUGAUAACUUGUAUAACGCAAGGGAUAUAGUCAUGAACAGGAUGGUAAAAGAUGAGUACUACAACAUGGAUGAGAAUAAGUGGAAUGAUAUUGUUGAGGAUGCAAUUCAUCAUGGGAUUAUGAAGGAUACGAAAGAGUGUGAGGCAAUUCUUGAGGAUAUGCUUAGCUGGGAUAAGCUACUGCCAGAUGACAUGAAAAGGAAGGUUGAAGAGAAGUUCAAUGACCUAGGGGAUAUGUGUGAAAGAGGGGAACUUGAGCCUGAAGAAGCUUACAAGUUGUUUAAGGAGUUUGAGGAUGAGAUUGUCAUGGAAUAUGUGCAGAAGAUGGAAGCUGAUGGCCCCCCAAAAUUUGACGAGACUGCUGUACCGGACGAGAAAAAGGAUCUAGAUGACCCUCCAGGCGAAGGGCCAAUCCUUAGGUGGCAAACACGGGUAGUCUUUGCUCCUGGUGGUGAUGCAUGGCAUCCCAAGAAUAGAAAAGUGAAACUGUCUGUCACAGUGAAAGAACUUGGGCUUUCAAAGCAUCAAUUCCAUCGGCUCAGAGAAUUGGUUGGAAAGCGAUACAAUCCAGGGAAAGAUGAGCUUACAAUUACUAGUGAGAGGUUUGAACACCGAGAAGAAAAUAGAAAGGAUUGCCUUAGGACUCUUCUUUCCCUCAUCGAGGAAGCUGGGAAAGCUAACAAACUGGCUGAGGAUGCUCGAGUUUCAUAUGUCAAGGAGAGAUUAAGAGCAAAUCCUGCAUUCAUGGAGAGGCUGCGUAACAAGACCAUGGGAUUGCAAGGAAAGAGCACAGUGCCUGCUUGAGAUUUUGAUUUCCAGCAGCCUGUUGAAAAAUAAGUUUCCAGUUCUGGCAUAACAUUUUCAGGACAUUCGGCUGUUUAAAUUGGUUAACCCUCACUGCAAGAUAAUUAUUUGCAAUAGAAAAUAUACUCCCAAUGCAUAUUUCAUGUAUGCAUUGGUAGCUUUUUCUAGUUGCUAAUGUCGGCAGCCAAUUGUCUUUACCUUAUACCCCGUGAAAAUUUCACUUGGAGCCUUGUUGUUCUGAAGUUCAUGUGCUAUGCCUUUGAAGAUCUUUUUUGCUGAGUGAGAUCUUUCAAUGUAUUAGUUUAAGUUAUCCUUGAUGAGGUGUUAUAACUAACAAGAUCGUUAACGCUAUAUUGAUGUUAUUUAA